GGAGAGAAAGAGAGGGGAGAGGGGGGAUGAGGAGGAGGGAGUGGGAGGUGGGCACGCUGAAGGUGAAGGUGCAGCAGCAGGCACGCCUCCUGGAUCUGGCGGAGGAGGGGGGAUGGAGAAGAAUGAAUGAAUGAAUGGAUGGAGGGAGGGAGGAUGGAAGGCAAGUCAAUUGCAGCAGUAGCAGUAGUAGCAGUAGCAGCAGCAGCAACAGUAGCUCUGGGUUGCGGACCACCGCCUCGAAUAAGGCUAGUGCACACUCACAGCACCAAGACUUGUCGCAGAUGCGGGAAUUUGGGGGGAACAAUCCAAUCAAUGCUCAGAUCUCUUCUCAAAAAUCCUGGAAAUCGAACUGUAGGCAAGUAUAAAAUAAGUCAUAUGCGACUGGCACGAUCUCGCCGUCUGGGGAUGCUCGCAGGCACACAGGCUGACAGACAGACAGACAGGCAGGCAAAAGGCAGGCAAGGUCGGGAUGUGGGAAUGCAGCCAGGAGAUCACGUGGCAAUACCAGGAUGCAAGCUCCUCGACUUCUCGCUGAGUCUCUCCGUUCCCUCUUCUCACUAGAUUACUAAGAAAUCUAAUAAAUUAAAUCAGAUGGGUAAAGGAAGAAAUUGACCGGGUACUGGAGAUGGAACGGGCCCUUCCCUUAGGGUACAACAACAGGAAUGUUGCACUGGGGCUGACGGAUACGGAUGGGGGGGAGGCGGAUGAAGUUUAAUAAUAAUAACCAUAAAGGAAA